AUGGAAAUUAACUUCCAAAAACAACAGCAAACAGAACCAAUUUCACUUAACAAAGCAACCAAAUCCAAGGGGAGAAAAAGAAGCAAAGGUUCUAACCAUUUUGUUGGUGUAAGACAAAGGCCUUCAGGAAAAUGGGUAGCUGAGAUUAAAGACACAACAAAAAAGAUAAGAAUGUGGCUUGGAACUUACGAAACUGGAGAGGAAGCUGCCCGUGCCUACGAUCAAGCUGCUGUUCUUCUUCGUGGAUCAAACACACGAACCAACUUUGUUGCUACUUGUGUUUCUCAAGAUUCCCCUCUUGCUUCCCGGAUUAGAAAUCUUCUCAACGUCAAGAAAAUCGCAAAGCAGAAAAGCCUGCAUUGCUUAGCUGAUUCCACAAGUAGUACUAACUCUGUUCAGAGUACUACUAGUGUGACAACUAGUCCAAUUAGCACUUGUGAUGAUCCAAUUUCUAGUGAAAAAGCACAAAUGAGCUAUUUUUAUGAACCAGUACUUUCUACUGAUCAAGAAAUCAUACAAGAAGGUCAACUGUUUGAUAGUAACUUUGUUCAAAGUACUACUAAUGUUACUACUCCAAUUAGCAAUUUUGAUGAUCCAAUUUCUAGUGAAAAUGCAAAAAGGAGCUACCUUUAUGAAACAGUAAUGUCUUGUGAUCAAGAAAUUAUACAAGAAAGUCAACUGUUUGAUGACAGUAACUUGUACAAGCCUGAUUUAGACAUAGGCACAUCGCCGUCUCCAACGUCUUCUUGUUUCUCAAGUUCUUGUUUUUCGUCUUCACAGCCAGAAUUAUCGUGGGAUUUUGAAGAAGGUUUCGAAUUUGCUCUAGAAUUGUUAGAUAUUCCAACCAAGACUGAGAUGGGAUUUUCAGAAUUUGAGGUAAUGAAAGUGGAAAGACAAAUAUCAGCAUCACUUUAUGCAGUGAAUGGUGUUCAAGAUUACAUGGAAAUUGUACAUGAUCCAUAUGAGUCUCUUUGGGAUUAUCAUCCCCUUUAG